AUGAAGUGGUUAACCACUUCUUCGGUUGGCAUGAACCUCCGCUAUUGUCCGCAAAACAUCAUUCCUUCCAUUGCGCAACGCUACCUAGGCUCUCCUACCCAUCCGAUCCGUCCUAAAAUCGCUCAUAUGUGGGCCAAUCGUGAUCCGAAUACUCUGUGGUGGCGAGUCUCAGUAGCACCCAUCGGACAUAUGAAGCGGGUUGUUCGUUCCUGGUGCGCACGCAGGACAAGAAUCGCGUUUCAACAAGCGCUGCGAAACCAAGGAUAUGAUGAGUUGGGAGUCCCGCUACAGGAUUUCCCUACGCCUCGAAAACACAAUCUCACGGGCUCUUUGGAGGUGGUACUUCGUCCUGCAUGUGUCGAUCUUGACUUUAAGAUAGUUCAGAAGGACGCCGAUAACCUCUUACAAAAGAUGCUGAAGCAACGGUCAGCGCUUUUUGAACGUACGGCCAAGAAACCUGCAAGGCCAUUAAAAACUGCAAAGCCUCAGAAGCCUUCUACGGGGUCUUGA